AUGACUCACAAAAAGCAGAAAAAGAACACUCAUGCCGUUCAAAAUGGCAGUCCGAAGGCCGAAACCAAGACAUUUCCGCUGGACGGAUCACCAGUGAAGGGCUCAACACAGGGACCUACAAACUAUAGAGAAAUCCAUCAAGAUGAAGCUGACGCUUUGAGAUCUAUCUACGGGGAGGACUUCCAGGACGUGGAACAUAGACAAGGAGCUUGGAAGCAAUCGUCCGAAGUCACAUUCAAACUGCGCCUCAAGGCAUCAGCGAAUCCUGACGUCAACGUUGCUCUACUUGUCGAACUUCCAGCAACCUAUCCCAAAACCGUACCUAACCUUAAGGUCGAGCACUUGGAGGACCUUCGCCGCCAUGCAAAAUCAAAGAUUGAAGAUGUGAUAAAAACCAAACCGAAAGAACUACUGGGCUCCGAGAUGAUAUACGAGCUCGCUGUGAAUAUCCAAGACGUUCUGGAAGACGCAGCUCUGGCUCAAGCAGGGGAUAAGGACAUCCCAAGCUUGGAGGAAGAGCGCAUCGAACAGGAGACUGCUGCCAUCCAGCAAGCAGAGUUGGAGAAAAAGGAAGAACUGCGUAAGCAAGAAGCAGCCACAGCCGAAGAAGAGCGGGCCCUGCAGCGACUUUUGGAAGAUAAAAUGAGGCAGCGUGAGCGUACCAAGGCCCGGGAUUCACGACGCAAGAGUCGCAACGCAGCAUUAGAUAUAGACGACAAUGUCGACGAGAGCCCCGGUUCCAUCUUAUUCGACCCGCCGCUAGUUAUGAACGACAGCGAAAGCCGAUUACUGGCUUUUCGAGCAGUUUCCGGCAAAACUAUACUCAAGUCCUAUCCAAACAAAGAAACGUUUACUGUCAGACCUUUAGUCCCAGAGAGUCGGACCCGCGUGCCUCUUCUCGUAUUGAAGGAGAUAUAUCUCGAAGAGAAAGGCGUAGAGACCUUGACUUUUCGACAGCAGAUGCGAGCGAGCGAGGACAGGCUUGAGGCUCUAAGGAAACUACGUCAUUCAAAUCUUGUGGAUUUCAUUGGCUUCAAAAUCUGCCCUCCUGUAGGCACGCCAGAUUCGACAGACCACAGUUGGCAGAUUUGUGCUCUCUUUGAAUACGCCAAUAAGGGCUCAUUGUCAGAGCUUUUGGACUUAGUCAAUACAGUCUCGGCGGAUUCGAUUCGCUCAUGGAUAAUCCAGCUGUUGGAAGCACUUGACUUCUAUCACCGAAACGGAGUGGUGCACGGAAACAUCCAUAGCGGCCGCGUAAUGCUCUUCCGCCAUGUUUCUGGAAGUACUACAGUCAAACUCCUCGGAAACAUUGAAGACACACUCCCUCAAUACAGUGAUCAGAAGCAGACACUGGCAACCUCGAAAUCGCCAUUUUGGCUUCCUCCAGAAUUAACGCAAAGCGAUGCCCGUUCCUCUACCAAAACAGACGUCUGGGAUCUUGGUAUCGUGCUCUUGCAAAUGGGCUUUGGAAAAGAUAUCUUGCAUCGUUAUACGUCUGCCAACGCUGUGAUGGGCAGUUUGGAUUUGUCACCACCACUGCUUGACCUUCUUAGGGAGAUCUUCAAAUCGGAUCCGAAGAAGCGACCAACAGCUUUCCAACUUCAGCCUUCUGAAUUUUUCCGCGUUGAUACCCCGUUGCUUGAAAACUCCCCCACUUCUCAUUCAAUGUCGCUUUCGAGAAGACCACGUCUUGACUCUCAAGUUGGAAUGCCUGCUUUCUCACGCUAUGUCCAUGACUUUGAUGAAGCAGGACGACUUGGAAGAGGAGGGUUUGGCCAGGUGGUGAAGGCACGUAAUAAAUUAGACAGCCGCUUUUAUGCCAUCAAAAAGAUUUCUCAGAACUCAGCCGGGGCAUUGAAAGAUACUCUUUCUGAGAUCAUGCUAUUGUCCAGACUCAACCAUCCCUAUGUGGUGCGUUACUACACGGCGUGGCUCGAGGAAGACUUUGAUACUGUUGAAGAAGACGCUAUAUCAUCAACUGAAGGCGAUUCAUAUAGAGAUGGUGAUCUUGCAGCCAGUACCAGUGGUUUGGAUUUUAUCAGUUCCAGCGGGUAUCCUCAGGUUGAGUUCGGUUACGACACGGACGAAAAUGGUGAUUCAACAGAUCAGGACGAAAUGAAGGCCGAGAAAGCACCCGCUACCGACACAGAUCCCGUCACUGAGAUCAGUCGAGUGCGUUCUGGAUCACAGGGGCGGCCUUCCACGACAACCCUGUAUAUUCAAAUGGAAUACUGCGAGAAGCAUACUCUUCGUGAUUUGAUUCACAAUGGUCUGUACGACGAUAUCGAUCGUUCUUGGCGUCUCUUCCGUCAAAUCUUGGACGGCAUUAGUCAUAUUCAUGGCCAUGGCAUCAUCCACAGGGACCUCAAGCCGGACAACAUUUUCAUAGAUGUUGCGAAUAAUCCACGAAUCGGUGAUUUCGGACUAGCUACGAGUGGUCAAUUCACAACUGCAGUGAAGUCUUCUACUACCGAACAUAUCACAGGAGACUUUACACGUAGUAUUGGGACAACUUAUUACGUCGCUCCAGAGAUCAAGUCGACUUCGACAGCCCAAUACAAUGAAAAAGUCGAUAUGUAUUCUCUUGGCGUGAUCUUCUUCGAAAUGUGCUAUCCAUUGCGAACUGGAAUGGAACGUGCCCAGACAUUACAGGCUAUACGUGAGAAAAAUCAUGAGCUUCCUGCGAUUUUCCAGCAAGCAGAGAAAGCAAUUCAGGGUGAAAUAUUAGAAGCACUGCUCAGCCACCGCCCUAGUGAACGUCCUUCGGCUUCUGAGCUUCUUCAAAGUGGCAAAAUACCUUUGCAAGUCGAAGAAGAGACCUUUAGAAGGGCCAUAAUUGGCCUUCUUUCGGACCCAAAUUCUCCGGACUACAAGAAGAUAUUGUCAGCAAUAUUUUCCCAAUCCCCGAGGAAGAUUGAAGACAUUACAUGGGACAUGGAUUCGCGUGGAACACCAGAAGCGAAUGAGAUGUUGAUCCAAGGACUGGUCAAGGAAAAACUAAUGCAGAUAUUCCGCCGUCAUGGUGCUGUCGAAACUACUCGACAAUCUCUUUUCCCACGGUCAGGCCACUACAAUAACGGUGUCGUGCGGUUACUGGACUCGUCCGGAAACAUGUUACAACUCCCUUUUGAUCUCACCUUACCGAAUGCUCGCGCAAUUCCUCGGCAGGACUCUUCACUUGAGAAAACCUUCUCCUUUGGGAGAGUUUAUAGAGAGUCCCCGCAUGGUGGUGAACCCAAGUCUCAUCGAGAAGCCGACUUUGAUAUUGUCUCCCACAAUACUCUUGAUCUCGCCUUGAAAGAAGCUGAAGUCAUCAAAGUUCUUGACGAGAUUAUCGAGGGAUUCCCAGUUCUACGAUCAGCUUCCAUGUGCUUCCACAUCAACCACUCCGACCUGUUACAGACCAUAAUGGAAUUCUGUCGAAUUACGCCCGCUCAAAUUCCUACUACCAAGGAAGUCCUCAGCAGGCUAAAUAUUGGAAAGUGGACAAUGCAGAAGAUUAGAAGCGAGCUUCGCUCCCCUACCAUUGGUGUUGCGUCGACGUCUUUGGAUGACUUGGCCAGGUUUGACUUUCGAGAUACUCCUGAUAGAGUCCAGCAGAAACUGCAAACAAUUAUGGAAGGUAGUGAAUUUGCGGACAGAUUAGCACCCAUUUUUGCUCGGUUCAAGGCCUUGGUGUCUUAUAUUCAGGGGUUUGACGUGAAACGCAAAGUCUAUAUUAACCCACUUGCAAGCCUCAACGACAAGUUUUUCCGGGGCAGUAUUCUCUUUCAGUGCAUUUUUGACAACAAAAGACGAGAUGUAUUCGCAGCAGGAGGGAGGUAUGACCGACUCAUUCAAGAGAUAAGCCCAAAGAUGCUAUAUAGCCGCUCUCAGGCACAUGCUGUCGGGUUUAAUCUCAGCUGGGACAGACUUAGCUCUUCUAUGACUGAUUACCUAAAAACCUCUACGAGGAAUUUCACAAAACACAACGAACAUGACGUGGAGGGCUUCUGGAGAUCUCGACGGUGUGAUGUCCUUGUUGGAAGCUUUGAUCCAACUGUACUUCGUACGGUGGGUCUGCAAGUCGUACAAGAGCUCUGGACACAUGAUAUAAACUCAGAAUUGGCAGUUGAUGCGACCUCAUUUGAACAGCUCAUGGCUCACUACAGAGAGGGCAGCCAUACAUGGGUUGUUCUAGUCAAAGCUGACAGCAAAGAGCGCGGAGUGAAAGUGAAAAGUCUCAUCAAGAAGGAAGAGUUCGACAUUCGAUACUCUGACUUAGCGAUUUGGCUGCGCACAGAACUUCGGAUACGGAGUCAUCGAGACAUUUGGCCUGAACAUCCAAAGAUUUUUCGAAAUACCAGCCAAACCGACACCGGUGGGUCUAGUAGCGAACGCGUCAAUGAUGUGCGUAUUCUUGUUGCUCAGCACAGGAAUAAAAAAACGAAUCGAAGAAAUAUCAUUGACUCGGCUCUUCUACGCUCCCGGGAACUCGUAGAAAAGGCCGUCAAUGGCCCCAUUGUUGCCAUUGACACUAGGGAUGACAUUCUAGAUGCCCUUCGAGACACAAGAUUAUGUGAUCCUGAUAGCUGGCGUACUGUUAUACAGAACGCUCCUCUAACGGAGCGAAAAUACCUUGGGCAGGUUCAUGAACUGCUCCACGACCUCGCUAACGAAUACCGUUUGCCAAGGGAAGGGAAAGAAGGCUAUAGCAAUGCUUUUAUAUAUAAUUUCCGCACUGGAUCGUGUGUAUAUUACGAUCUGGGUCGGUCAACGUAG